AUGGCGAUCCAGAAAUCGCGCUCGCAAUCUGGCAUCGAUCUGACCCUCAAGGUUCUUCAAUUCGUUAAGCAGCUUCGCAGGCGCCUCAGGCCCGGGCCGCCAACUGUGGACCAUGCUGCUAUUCUUGGUGCUCAGAUCUGCGCUAGUCUGGACACGAAGAAGUUCCAAAUGCUCCAAACGGAGUGCCCGCGGUCAAGGUCGCAUAAUCGAAAGAUAACUUUUGCUGCAAGUGGUGUUUACAAGAACCAAAACAAGCGGAAGCGCCGACCAUCCCUGAAACUGCGGAUCCGAGGAGACGACAAGCCCUCGCUUCGAAACAAGUCUGGGAUGCAGGUGCAACAGACUCUUAAUUCUAUCGACACCAAGGUUAGCAUUUGCGGAAGUCCCUUGUCCGCCGCUGCCGGCGACCACAAACUUUUCCUCAAACAGAAGACCGAUAUCAGCUUCGAAACGUGCUCUCUGAACGAAGUUGCCCAACUGCUGAUCACUGUCCAUGAUGCAAUCAAUGUCCUCCAGAGCUGCCGGACACAGUUCGAUGAUGAAUGGCUCGUGGCGCAAGGUCAUGACGCAGGCAUCAACUUCGAUGUAGCCUUUCUGGCAAAUUACGAGCAUCUGCUCAUGAGGCUGCAUUCACAGCUGGUGAAUGCACUCUCCCGCAAGGCGCUCGACCUCUUGCUUCUCGGUGGCUAUGACAAGAGGCAAUACAGGCUGUUGAGCUGGUUCACCGAGUUCUCUGACAAGCCUCGGCCCCUCUCAACAUCGCUCGACAUCAAGCCGUCGCUGGCUGUGCUGUGGGGUGUCUGUUGGAUGUUUUAUGCCAACAGCCAGACAAACAACGGUCGAGUACCGAGUGAGGCAGUUCUGCAGCAUGUCGAUCUUCCGGAUUGGCGACGACCCGAACCAACAGAGUACAGAAACUUUGGCUUGGAGCUCGUCGGCGCGCAGCCGCAACCUGGAGCGCCGCAGCGUCCCCAGCCUGCCAAUAGCGUGGGCCUCAGCAGUGGUGUCGACCUGAGGUUGCGAAACGCGGAAACCUGGAUGCCGGCGGAUUUGGAAUCUGGUGUUCCUCAGGUUCGCCGAGGUGCAUCACGUGGUGUGGGUAGCGGACUGGGGUGGCAGGGAUUAGCUGGCCUGGGUACUUAUUACCCUCAGUUCCCAGCCACCUCGCCGAUAGAUGAUUCCAACCUUAGUAAUUUGUUGCCCGAUAUCCAAGGCAACGCCACCGCCCUAACCGUCUUUCCUCAGCAGCACUUGGACCAUAACUUCGACAACACUUGGCAACACUUUCCGCACAAUUCUUUGCCACAGAGGACUGCGCGUCAUCUGACGACCAGUAUCCCAAGCGUGCGAGUCACCGGGACCGCGGAAAGCGAAGGCUACGCUGCGCCACACCUAGACUUCGCGGCCUUUGAUAUAUUUCCAUCCUCCACCCAAUCGCCUCAGGCCCCCUCUAUCAACAUCAACACCGACUUUCCCGAUUUCGCCAUGGGCAGCGACACCAUAACUGAGCAACAUCCUGCACACGGAUUUUCGGCACACAGACACGAGCGCACGUCUUCUCUUCAUUCUAAUUCUAAUAUGCCUACGCCCAUCAGCCUUGCUGACACCCAUUCACCACUCUUGUCGCCUGCGGACGGCCACCGGAGGUUCUCUGUCGCCAGCUCUCAGGGUCACGUUCGACAACAAUCUGAGGACACAUCCUCUCAGGGCGAUCCUGAAGACGCUGAUUCACCAAGGAGGAACCAUGCGUACAAGAGGGCCGAGGAGCCGCCGAGGAACCAUGAUGGGAAGAUGAUAUGCAAGCACAGUGAAUGCGCUGGUCAAACUUUUGACCGCAAGUGCGAGUGGAGCAAGCACAUGGACAAGCAUGACCGUCCCUACAAGUGUAACUUUCAGGGGUGUGAGAAGCUGCAAGGCUUCACAUAUAGCGGUGGACUUCUGCGCCAUGAGCGCGAGGUACAUAAGAUGCAUGGCGGCACCAAGAAGUCCCUCUUCUGUCCCUUCGCCGAUUGCAAGCGCAGCUCGGGGGCCGGCUUCACGCGGAAGGAGAAUCUCGCAGAGCACAUCCGUCGUGUGCAUCGCCGAACAAGCAUGUCCGCCGACCUAGGUCACCUCAUCAUCCCCCGGGAGCAAAGACAAUCAAGCCUUGCUGCAGAUGUUCGCAUGCCGGCAGAGAAGCAAUAUGAACGCAUUGUCGAAGAGGAUGAGGCCCAGCUUACCCUUAAGCGCAAACGCCCCGAAGCCGAGGAGCUAGAGGAGAUGGAUCUCCGCUCUGAGCUGAGGCGGCUACGACGAGAAGCGGAAGAAAAAGAUGCGAGGCUGCGCCAACUCGAAGCAGCGGUCAUGGCGCUCCAACAACGUUAG